AUGGCAGAGGAAGACGAAAGCAACAACGAUGAGCACAUUACCGAAGAGAAGAUAGUCAACGAAGAAUACAAGACAUGGAAGAAGAACGCCAUAUAUCUCUAUGACACACUAUUGACCAACGCACUCGAUUGGCCGACGUUAACAGUACAAUGGUUUCCUGAUAAACAAGAAAUUCCAGGAACAAAUUAUUCGAGACAUCGUGUGCUAUUAGGGACGCAUACAGUCAACGAUGACAAGCAUCCAAACUACCUUCAGAUCGCAAACGUCCAGUUACCCAAUCCUCCCAAACCAGAAGCGAAAGACUACAAUGAGGAGACAGGAGAAAUUGGUGGCUAUGGAAGUGGAGGCAAGAAUUUGGUUGAUGUCAAAUUUCAGGUCAUACAGAAAAUACCACAUCCUGGCGAGGUCAAUAAGGCGAGGUACCAACCACAAAACCCCAAUAUUAUCGCGACCAUGUGUACAGAUGGAAGAGUACUGAUAUGGGACAAAUCGAAGCACCCGCUUAUGCCUGUCACCAACAAAGAAAACAAGCCCAGUCCCGAGAUAGAGCUCAUUGGCCAUGAAAAUGAGGGUUUCGGUCUUAGCUGGAGUCCACACGUUUCGGGCCAUUUGGCUACUGCAAGCGAGGACGAGACAGUACGUUUGUGGGACACAACACAGGCUUCGAGAACAGUACGACAACUACAUCCGACCCGAACUUAUACACAUCACACAGCCAUCGUUAACGAUGUGCAGCACCACCCUCUGCACAAAUCUAUUCUGGGUACGGCAUCGGACGAUUUGACACUGCAGCUGAUAGAUCUACGGAUGUCAGACACUGGAAACAGUGCUUCUAGCACCAGUCCUGAUCAGCACAAAGAUGCGAUCAAUGCACUUGCCUUCAACCCAAAAGCCGAGACUGUGGUGGCUGCAGGCAGUGCUGACAACACUAUCUCGAUAUGGGAUAUGAGGAAUUUGAAGCACAAAAUCCAUGCACUCGAAGGCCAUGGCGACAGUGUCACCGGCUUGGAAUGGCACCCUUUCUACGAGGCCGUUCUUGCCUCUAGCAGCUACGAUCGACGAAUCAUGUUUUGGGACCUCACCAGGGUAGGAGAAGAGCAAACACCUGAAGAUAGUGAAGACGGUCCUCCAGAACUCUUAUUCAUGCACGGCGGCCAUACCAACAGAGUCAGUGACUUCUCAUGGAAUUUGCACAAUCCUUGGGUCGUAUGUAGUGCUGCUGAUGAUAACCUCAUCCACGUCUGGAAAGUUGCGGAAGAUCUAAUUGGUGCGGGGGAGGAAGAUGUGUCUAUGAAUGAGCUCGAGGGAUGA